GCGCUCGGGCCCCAGCGUCUCCGGCCCCGCCUGCGCUGGGGUCGCUGCAGUCCCCGCAGCUGACCCGGGCUCCUUGCCCAGGCGCCCCGGCCUUAUUCCAGCCUGGGGAGCGCCUCGGGGGGGAGCACGGGACAGCGAGGGAGGCCGAGGCGGGGGCCCUGGGCGCCGAAUCUCUCCGAACCGGGGAGGCGGCCCCGAUUCCGAGAGCCGGAACGCAGGGAAAGGCAAGGACGGGGCGGCCGGCGGAGGGGCGGGCGCCGCUCAUCAGCCACGCCAGUCACGUCUGGGGCCACCGGCUGCCUUUUUCUUCCUUUCCCCCUUUGCUUUCUUCCCCCUCCGCUGUUGGCGAGGGCAAAGUGGCCGUGGCGGCGCCAUGCCCGGGCCGGAGUGAGUGCGCGCGGGCGAAAAUGGCGUACAUCCAGUUGGAACCAUUAAACGAGGGUUUUCUUUCUAGAAUCUCUGAUCUGCUGCUGUGCAGAUGGACCUGCCGGCACUGCUGUCAGAAGUGCUACGAGUCCAGCUGUUGCCAGUCAAGUGAGGAUGAAGUUGAAAUUCUGGGACCUUUCCCUGCUCAGACCCCUCCCUGGCUGAUGGCCAGCCGGAGCAGUGACAAGGAUGGUGACUCUGUCCACACGGCCAGCGAAGUGCCGCUGACCCCACGGACCAAUUCCCCGGAUGGAAGACGCUCGUCCUCAGACACAUCCAAGUCCACAUACAGCCUGACGCGGAGGAUUUCGAGUCUUGAGUCAAGACGUCCCAGCUCUCCACUCAUCGAUAUUAAACCCAUCGAGUUUGGCGUUCUCAGUGCCAAGAAGGAGCCCAUCCAGCCUUCGGUGCUCAGACGGACCUAUACCCCCGACGACUAUUUCAGGAAGUUCGAACCCCACCUGUACUCCCUCGACUCCAACAGCGACGACGUGGACUCUCUGACAGACGAGGAGAUCCUGUCCAAGUACCAGCUGGGCAUGCUGCACUUCAGCACUCAGUACGACCUGCUGCACAACCACCUCACCGUGCGCGUGAUCGAGGCUAGGGACCUGCCACCUCCCAUCUCCCACGACGGCUCGCGCCAGGACAUGGCACACUCCAACCCCUACGUCAAGAUCUGUCUCCUGCCGGACCAGAAGAACUCAAAGCAGACCGGGGUCAAACGCAAGACCCAGAAGCCCGUGUUUGAGGAGCGCUACACCUUCGAGAUCCCCUUCCUGGAGGCCCAGAGGAGGACCCUGCUCCUGACCGUGGUGGAUUUUGAUAAGUUCUCCCGCCACUGUGUCAUUGGGAAAGUUUCCGUGCCUUUGUGUGAAGUUGACCUGGUCAAGGGCGGGCACUGGUGGAAGGCGCUGAUUCCCAGUUCUCAGAAUGAAGUGGAGCUGGGGGAGCUGCUUCUGUCACUGAAUUAUCUCCCAAGUGCUGGCAGACUGAAUGUUGAUGUCAUUCGAGCCAAGCAACUUCUUCAGACAGAUGUGAGCCAAGGUUCAGACCCCUUUGUGAAAAUCCAGCUGGUGCAUGGACUCAAACUUGUGAAAACCAAGAAGACAUCCUUCUUAAGAGGCACAAUUGAUCCUUUCUACAAUGAAUCCUUCAGCUUCAAAGUUCCCCAAGAAGAACUGGAAAAUGCCAGCCUAGUGUUUACAGUUUUCGGCCACAACAUGAAGAGCAGCAACGACUUCAUCGGGAGGAUCGUCAUUGGCCAGUACUCUUCAGGCCCCUCUGAGUCCAACCACUGGAGGCGCAUGCUCAACACGCACCGCACAGCCGUGGAGCAGUGGCAUAGCCUGAGGUCCCGAGCUGAGUGUGACCGCGUGUCUCCUGCCUCCCUGGAGGUGACCUGAGGGCUGCAGGGAAGGCAGCUUUCAUUUGUUUUUUUUUUUUAAAAAAAAAAAGACGGAAAAAAUUGUGUCACAUACUAUUGCAUCCACACCUGCAUACACACUCGCAACAUGUCUACACAUGUCCACACACACAGACACACAGACACCCCAAAUCCUCUCAAAACUGAGAGGAAGCUGACUAUGAUCACAAAAUGGCCGCCCUCAGUGAGUGAGGCCUAGGAACUUUCUGGAAGCCCCAUCCAUAGAUCACAAGUUCAGUGGGCUCUGCCGUGGGACUUAUUGGCAGUGCCUGCUCUUGUCAAUACUCCUGCCCCAAAAUGCACUUUCAACCCUCAGGCCAGAGAAAGGACCUCCCAAAGGGUGCCAACCUCCAUCAAGACUAAAUUUACCAAGAGUUUGGCCAGUGUGUGGGAGACCUGACCACCCCCCACUCCCAAAACACACACCCACUGGGUAACUUCUGAACAGGCUGCUGUUCCCUGGGGUUCUUCAAACCUGAUACCUUUCUCCAAAGGUGUAAGUAUCCUUGUCUUCUCCUUAGUAAAUGUGAUAACUAGAUUAUGGACCAUUUGGAGAAACCAAAUGGCAACCAAAACUAUUCCAGUGUCAGAAGCCUCUCCUGGCUUAACGGAAUUGUCCUUGUGUUAGCUCAUCCCAGGGAACUCCCUGUGGGUAUAUAUGUGUAUGUCCUCAUGCAUGUGCCCUCACAGGCGAACACGUGUGUGCCUAUGUGUCCUCUUGGAGAGCAUGGCGAUGGGCCAGGACCUCAGCCCUGAGCACUGCCUUCUGUCUGCCUCUCCUGUCCAGUGAGAGUCCAACCAGUGUCCUCCUGUCUGUCAGAGAUCCCAUUUUGGGUAACAGUAGUGUGUGUGUGUGUGUGUGUGUGUGUGUGUGUAAAGUAAAUAGGAUAUGAUAGAGCAAAAGUAACAUUUUUUGACCGAAUCAUGGUGAUUGUGACCCACGAAAGACAUACAAAGACCUGAUACAUGGAUUAAAAUGGCCAUCACACCCCAUCCAUGAUGAUCUUCUUCCUUAAUCAUAUUCUGAGGAUCUUUCUAUGUUUGUCUGUGAACCAAUGUCAUGUCUCUCGUGCUAAGGAAUUAGUGUAGUUAGAAUAGAUCUCUCUCUCUCUCUCUCUCCCUUUCCUCUCUGUUGGAUGCUUCUGUAUCUUUUUCCACAGCAUAAUGUCUGGUGUGACGGGGAGCUAUUUAUUGAAAUUAAAGAUUAUUUAUUUGUGCCAUGCA